UACAUUUCCCAUCUGAGUCUCAUGGCAUUUGCUGAUUAUUUUAAUGCCAGUGCAUUGUACCAGAAGGGGAAGCAAAGCAAGGGCAGGGGAUUGAGAUUCUCCCACCACCCACUGGGCUCUGCCUCCUUCCAUCCCCACUCUCUUUUCUCAGGAACAGAACCCCAAAAGAGAGAGAAAAAAAAAUCAACCGCAGUUGGCAGAGUUUUCUUCUGCAAUUCUCCGGAGGCGGUGGAGGCUCGGUGUUUUGAGGGAAUGAAGGGAGGUAGUUCCGACACGAGGAUGCUUAGCUUCUUCGCCAAUUCUCUCACUGUGCUCUCCUCCAGCCUUGUUUUCCUCGCCAUUUUCAGAGGUGCUUCUGGGGCGACUUUCACAUUUGUGAACAAGUGUGACUUCUCAAUCUGGCCUGGGAUCCUAUCUAGUGCGGGCAGUCCCAAGCUGGGCAGCACCGGAUUCGAGUUGUCUAAAGGCAGCUCAAGGUCCUUUCAGGCACCGACAGGGUGGUCCGGCCGCUUCUGGGGGCGUAGCGGCUGCGAUUUCGACGGCUCAGGCCGUGGCUCAUGUGCCACCGGGGACUGCGGCUCUGGUGAGGUUGAAUGCAACGGAGCUGGCGCAACACCGCCGGCUACUUUGGCAGAGUUCACGCUCGGCUCUGGCUCUCAGGACUUCUAUGACGUGAGCCUGGUCGAUGGGUACAAUUUGCCAAUGAUUGUUGAAGGCACUGGUGAUUCAGGUGCCUGCCCCGCCACCGGGUGUGUGACGGACCUGAACCUGCAGUGCCCGAAGGAGCUGAAGGCGGAGGAUGGCGGGGCGUGCAAGAGUGCCUGCGAGGCUUUCGGGAGACCGGAGUACUGCUGCAGUGGCCCAUACAGCUCGCCCGCCACCUGCAAACCCUCAAUGUACUCCCAGAUAUUCAAGACAGCUUGCCCCAGAUCAUAUAGCUAUGCUUAUGAUGACGCCACUAGUACUUUCACUUGCAGUGAUGCUGAUUAUACCAUUACAUUUUGUCCCACCUCUCCAAGCCAAAAAUCCGCCACAGAUUCUUCUCCUCCGAAGGCAACCGGAACAACGGAGAAGCCGGAUUCGGGGUCGGGAUCCAUGUCUGAGUCCGGGUCUGGGUCUGUGUCGGAUCCUGCGCCGGUUCAGGAGACUGCAUUUGCCACUUCAUGGCUGGCCGAUUUGGCAACUGGUGACUCUACUAGAACCCAGCCUCCCACAGCCGUUCAAUUAGCAUUUUCUCUUGCAGUCUCUCUCACCCUCCUCACCAUCUCACACUUGUAGUCCCUCGCUCUUUCUUUCACUUUCGUCCCACUUCCUUGCCCAACAAGAGCACAGAAAAAAAAAAAAAAGAUUCCCAAAACACAGAGAAAGACUUCUGGUGUGAUGGGUCUGUGCUUAGAGUGGAAAAAAAAAUUGGCGCAAUCCAGAUUGUAAACCUCUCACUUCCCAUUUCUGCAUAAUUAAUGAUAAUCAUACAGAGGCAUUAGAUUAAAGCAUUCAUUUCGAAAAGAGAA